GAUAAGAUGUGUUUGUUUACCUUCUCACUCUACCACUUGACUCUGUAACAGUCCCAUAUUUCCUGGUGUCCAUUCCAUUCACUCCAUCGCUGCGAGACAAUGAAGGAUACACACACCCUGUUCAAUCUGCUUCUGCUGCUAGUGUACCUAGCAGGAUCAGCUUUGACCACGGAUGGAGGGAGUGGCAGUAUCAAUGGUCCCUUGGAACUAACCAUAGUGGGACCUGACUUUGUUAAAGUGGGCGUGCCACGCAGCUUUGACUGUGCCGCCCAGUGCUCUCCCUCCUGCAGCUACAGAAUGAGUAUCUACGGACAGAUUUGGCAGGGCAACAAGCUGUUGUUCACAGCUCGCCAAUGGGAAGAGUCCCUAAACCUUACAUGCACUGCAAGGAAUGAUGACUCUGGGAGGUCCUCUACAGUAUCUAAGAUACUCCAGGUUUUAGCUGGACCAACCAACGUAUCGAUCACAGGCCCUGCCCUGAUGACCCCAGGGGCCCCUCAAAGCUUCCAGUGUAACGCCGACUGCCGUCCCUCCUGCAACUACACCUGGAAGAUAAAGGGCCGAUGGCUCGGGGGGCAGGGGAGCGAGAUUACUGUAACUCCCGAAGAAUUGGCCACCUCUGUUACCCUGAACUGCAAGGCCAUCAACAGUGUGUCUGGGCUCUAUGCCAUGGCAACCAGGAAAAUACCUGUGACAUCUGGUCCAUCAGAGGUCCACAUCAUAGGCCCAGAAUCUGUUGCAGUCGGCUUCAAGUCCAUGUUUCAGUGCAUUGCCAAAUGCACUCCCGCUUGUGACUACCAGUGGACCAUUGAUGGUCACACUGUCCAUGGCAGGGAGAUGGAGAUGACGGUCGAGCAACAUGUGAAGCCAGAGAAGAUUAUGUGCCACGCUCAGAAUACGAUCUCAACUAAUUUUGAGGUGGUCACCAAGACCGUACGAGUGGAAGACAAUGACAAAAAAUGAUCCUCUCAAAACAAUAUGCUUGUCAAGCUGUGUCCAGGUUGUGAUUGUACAAUCAGACCAUCUCUGGGAGGAAGCGUCAGCAUUGGACAGCAGCUGAAACUGGGUCUCGAUUGAGUACAAACACUCCUUGCUGACAACACCAGGCUCCAAAGCAUUAAAGCUGUAAAACAGGAAAACAGACUGAAAAUAGACAAGACAUUAUAACCUUGCAUACCCGCUACAGUGCCUUCAGAAAGUAUUCACACCCCUUGACCUUUUCCACAUGUUGUUGUGUUAGUCAGAAUUUUUAAUUUGAUAC